AUGGAUUCCGAUGACGACUUUAACAGUGCCGCCUCGGUGAACAGCGAUGCCGAGUUUGACAUGGAUGAUGAGAACAGCAGCGUUGCUGACUUUGGUGCCGACUCCGACAUCGAGCUAGACGAUGAUGGUGACAUCGGUUUUGGCUCACAAGACAAGGACCUCAAGCCACGCAAGAAGGCACACGAGGUCGAUUUCUCUGUCUACAGCCCACAAGAUAUCCAGAACCAGCAAGAUCGUCAAAUAGAAGAGGUGUCCAACAUCCUAGGCCAACCACACGAAGCGACAGCCAUCCUCAUGCGCUACAUGCGAUGGAACAAGGAGCGUCUGAUUGAGCAAUACAUGGACAAGCAAGAGGAAGUCUUGGAAAAAGCUGGCCUUGGUCAAGACAUUGCUAGCCCGUCCCGCUUGGAAGUCAUCGAUGGGUUCAUGUGCGAGAUCUGCUGUGACGAUACACCUGGAUUGCAGACGUUUGCCAUGAAGUGCAACCACCGCUUCUGUGUUGAUUGCUACCGCCAAUACCUAGCUCAGAAGAUCAAGGACGAAGGAGAGGCCGCACGUAUCCGCUGUCCCGGCGAACAGUGCAACAAUAUCGUGGAUUCAAAAAGCUUGGAACUUCUCGUCACAGAGGACCUCAAAGACAGGUACCACGAGCUUCUCACACGGACGUACGUCGACGACAAGGACAAUCUUAGGUGGUGUCCUGCUCCCAAUUGCGUCUAUGCUGUCGAUUGUCCCGUCAAGCAAAAGGAGCUUAACAAGAUCGUCCCUACUGUCAACUGCGAUUGUGGUCACAGUUUCUGUUUCGGAUGUCAGCUCAACGACCAUCAACCUACUCCUUGCGUGCUCGUCAAGCUGUGGAUGAAGAAAUGUGAAGACGAUUCGGAAACUGCCAACUGGAUCUCUGCAAACACCAAAGAGUGCCCGAAGUGCAACUCGACCAUCGAGAAAAACGGCGGUUGUAACCACAUGACUUGCCGAAAGUGUAAGUACGAAUUCUGCUGGAUGUGUAUGGGGCUGUGGUCGGAGCAUGGCACAAGUUGGUACAACUGCAACCGUUACGAGGAAAAGAGUGGUCACACUGCGCGCGACGCUCAAGCAAAGAGCCGUGCAUCUCUUGAGCGCUACCUCCACUACUACAACCGCUACGCCAACCACGAGCAGUCCGCCAAGCUCGACAAGGACAUCUACCUGAAGACUGAGAAGAAGAUGAUGCAGCUUCAAUCAACAUCAGGCAUGUCUUGGAUCGAGGUUCAGUUCCUCGACUAUGCAUCACAAGCUCUCCAGCAAUGCCGACAGACUCUUAAGUGGACAUAUGCCUUUGCCUAUUACCUGGAACGCAAUAACUUGACCGAGAUCUUCGAGGACAACCAGAAGGACUUGGAGAUGGCCGUCGAGGCUUUGAGUGGCAUGUUCGAGAAGCCGACCGAUCAGCUCGCUGCUCUCAAGGUCGAGAUGAUGGACAAGACCACUUACUGCAACAAGCGUCGCAUCAUUCUGCUUGGCGACACUGCCGAAAAUCUCAAGAAGGGCAACUGGAAAUUCAACGUCGACGAGCUCUCCGAAGAGUAG